GGAUCGAGCUGGAAUUUGGAAAGGAAGGGGGAAUCUGCCGACAGCAUCGAAGGAACGAAGGAAGAGAACCCUCGGAACCUUCCAUUUCCGUCCACUGGUUUCUAUCCAUACAGCAGUGGAAGCCAUGGAAGCUUCUUCAGAAGCAUACUGCCAUCAAAACCCAGCUCUCCACACGUUCCCUUCUGCUCCAAUAUCUCCCUUUUAAUCUUUGCACCGAUUGCAGCUUGCCUGGCAAUGGCUUCUGUGGCAGGUUCUCUGCAACGAAACCCGGUUUUCGGCUCUCAUUCCUCCUCAAAUCCCACUUGGGCUCUUCCCGCUUCCCUGAACGUUCAAGGCCCCGAACUGCGUCGUAUCUCAGCAAUUGGGCGGCUGAGCCAGAGGAGGAGUAGUAGUCUGAUUGUGAGGUCAGCCGUCGAGGGAGUCUCGGUCACCGACCCGCCGCCCCCUGAGGACUCGGCCCCCGUCGGCGGCUCGAAGUCGGAGACUCUUCCAUCUCUGAAGUUGAAAUUACUGAGUGCUGUUUCAGGGCUAAACAGAGGCCUAGCGGCGAGUGAAGAAGAUCUGCAGAAGGCAGACGCUGCAGCUAAGGAGAUCGAGGCAGCAGGAGGACCUGUAGACCUCUCAGUUGAUAUCGAUAAGCUCCAAGGUAGAUGGAAGUUAAUAUAUAGCAGCGCUUUCUCAUCUCGUACUUUGGGUGGGAGUCGACCUGGACCGCCAACUGGAAGAUUACUUCCGAUAACUCUCGGACAGGUCUUCCAAAGGAUUGAUGUGUUGAGUAGAGAUUUUGACAACAUAGUAGAGCUCGAACUGGGCGCCCCAUGGCCGCUGCCGCCUGCUGAAGUAACAGCUACGCUCGCCCACAAGUUUGAACUCAUAGGAUCUGCGAAGAUCAAAAUAAACUUUGAGAAGACGACCGUGAAGACCACCGGAAACUUAGCGCAGUUACCCCCAUUGGAGAUUCCUCGGCUACCCGAUUCACUGAGGCCUCCAUCAAACACCAGAAGUGGAGAAUUCGAAGUAACCUACCUUGAUUCGGACAUGCGGAUAACCCAAGGAGACAGAGGCGAGCUUCGAGUUUUUGUCAUCGCAUAAGUUGAGCAAGGUAUAUACCGGGCAGUCUCUCGGAAAUGACUUGCCAAACUUGCAACUCAAGUGUCUCCAUGAGAAGUUCUAUUUCCCUCAUUCUUCGUUUUCUUUUUCCCUUUUUUCUCCCUACACAAGCCGUGAGGUGGUAUUGGAAUGGAAACUAUAACAUGUAAAUUAUGUGCGAGGAAAGAGCUAUUCAUUGUCUAAGCCAACCGCAGGCAAAGUGUCUCUCAAUCAGUAGAACAAACGGUUCAACCAUGUUUAGUACGAUAGAAUGGAGAAUGAGUGAGAUGGAA